AUGUCGGCGCCGAAUCCUGGGUUCAGGCGUAAGUUGCGUCUUCUUCACGAGCCCACAAAUGGCUCGGCAACAGCUGUUGACAUUGUUCUAAUUGGUUGCUCUGAUCCUACUGCCCGCGCAGUCAACCUCAGCCGCUCCGUUCCACCGACCCUCUUUCAGCACCUUCCAGCCCAAAUACCACAGGCCAGAUGUCUUGUCUACGAAUGCGAUCUGAACCCCGGAGACUUGGGAAUCCCUACCAUAAGAGGCGACGCCGAGAAACUCGUUGAAGCAUUGGGAAAUCUGAGAGAAGCCACAUCAAGCGCUGAUCGUCCGCUACUCCUCAUUGGUCACAGUCUGGGAGGGUUUUUGGUAAAGCAUGCCCUUGUCAAAGCAUGCAAUACUACAAAAGCUCGUUCCGUGGCUCAAUGCAUCGCUGGCGUCAUGUUUUUGGGGACCCCCCAUCCGGAAAAUGCCCGAACCGCAGAGGAGUUUCUCACCAAACUUUUCAAUGUGUCGUUUGCCUAUCGCCUCCACCCUCGAAACUCGGCCCUGAAGGCUCUCUCGCGUGAGCUCGAAAGACUAGAGACUGAAUUUCGGGACACCCUCAAGCGAUGUCUUCCUCGAUUAGAACUUGUUUCUUUUUAUGAGACAAAACCCAUCAAUGGCUUUCUGGUAAGCAGUAUUAUUCUGGGCCCCUCUCACGCCACUGACAUCAGGGAGGUCGUGGGCCCUACGGAAUGCAUCUUGAAGCCUUUCAUCCCUAUUCCGCUGCACGUAGACCACGAACACUUAGCUUCAUUCGGGUCGUCAACGCAACCGGGUUACAACAUCCUCGUCAGUCAGCUGAAGAGACUCAUUGCAACCUAUACGAAGCCCUGUCCCAUCGACGAAAAGACUUGUCUUGAGUCUGAAGAACCCUGCGCUGCCAAAUUCCACGGCGUGUGCUCCACUUGCGAAUAUGAUGCGGGACCCGAUAGCUGCUCGUGCUCCAAGAUUAUACCCCCCCAUGCCGGCACAGUUUCCUGGCUUUGCCAGGAUCCAAGACUCAAAUCUUGGUUGAACGAAGGAGAUUCAAACAAACUCUGGAUACGUGGGGGCCCUGGAUCUGGAAAGUCGACGUUGACAAAAUCUCUUGUUCAGAAUCUCGAGAAACUUUUUCUUGACGAGCAUUCGACAAUUAUCAUCCAUUACUUCUUUGACGCAUCACAACAUCAUCUGGAUCAUGCAACUACACGCUUGCUUGUCUCUCUACUUCAACAAGUUUCAGCCAAGCAUGCCGAUGCCUACGCCCCAAGCUUACUGCAGGAGACCUGUCUGCCCAAGCUGCAUUGGCCAGACGGUUUCCGUACACGCAGAGAAUUCCUUCGACAGCAUUUGAGCCGCAAACUUCAGUGUCGGUCUCGGGUGUUUUUAGUCCUUGACGGGCUGGACGAGUGCAGUCACGAUGAAGUCGCAGAUGUUAUCGAUCUGUGUCAAAGCUUGGGCGAAGGUGGCCAAUCUUCUUCUAUGAAGUUGCUUUUCAGUUCUCGGCCGUGGUCUGUACCAUUUGGUCAAGAACACGCAACGGUUGAUCUGGACUUGGAGAACCGGAAAAGUGCUUCAACCUUUAUCCAGCACGAACUCACAAACUUCGUGUCAAUCAAAAGUCGCUGGCAAGAGAUCGCUCUUCGACUUGACGACCUCAAAGCUAAGGCGGAGUACAACUUUCUUUGGCUGUCAUUGAUACUGUCACUACUCAACGUCACGUCUGCACGUGACCAUAAGCCCUCAGACCAGCUCAUCAGUCUUCCGCCAACGCUGGAAGAGACCGUCAAUAUCUUAGCCAAAGAACUCAGCGAAAGGUACGACGAGAUGUUACGGUCUAUUCCCGAUGCGGCUCUGAUGCUUUCGUGGCUCGCACUAGCCGUCCGCCCUUUAUCCUUACUCGAGCUAGAGACAGCGCUCUCCUGGAUACGAUAUAUCACCUUCCAAGAGACAGUGGCUCAGUCUAGAGCAGUAACCAGUGCACUGGACAUAGCAAAGCCGCUCGGCAUUGCUGAACGUCUAAGUGAGUCGACUGGAGGCAUGCUCAGAAUUUUCCCUACCCGCCGUGGCCCGGUUGUUCGACUUUUGCAUGAAUCGGUCCGGGAUUUCCUUCUACAGCGUAGAAUGAAAGAGCUCCAUGUGCCACUGGCUGACAUUUCCAGAGGAAGGUGUAUGGUCCACCUUGAGAUGGCACGAACCUGCCUGAGCUAUAUGCGAUCUAAUGUGUCGAAAGUGCAGACGACAGAAGAAUUCCCUUCGACAAUAUUGGCACAGUAUCCGUUUCUCGAAUAUGCAGCAAGCAGCUGGGCAGCACAUGCCAAAGCCGCCAAUUCGGGCUCAAUCAGCGACGAAGAGUUUCUCCGCUACUUUCCCUGGCCUACAGACCCAGAAAUGCGUCUUGUUGGCCUUGCUUCUUCCAUCGUACGCCUGAAUUUUGGAGGAAGUGAAGAGGCACGCUUCACGUUUCUGCACUGUGCCGCGUACCACGGCCUCGACAAACCGCUUCGAGCAUUUCUGAGACAGGGUCGGCGAGGGGAGGCGAAAGAGCCGGAAAUCGACAAGCCAACCAGUAUUGGCCGAACACCGCUGCAUAUUGCUGCUUCUAUGGGUCACUGGUCGGUGGUCAACGUUCUUUUGGCCCGAGGUGCAAAUGUCAAGGCCAAAGACGCCGUUUACGGUAACUCGGUCUUACAUUGGAUUGCACUGUCACCCACAAGUGAAGGCAAAGUGCGGUCGCUUGAAUAUCUUAUCCAAGCCUACGUGGAUAUCAAUGAUAACUCCAAUGGGAUGGCUCCCCUGGCACUGGCGGCUGCCUGGGGGGAUGCACAGGUGAUCUCAGCUCUGCUCAAGGCUGGAGCUCACCCGAACGGCAUGGAUCAUCAUCGCGGACUGACAGCUCUGUCAUUGGCGAUCGUUUACAAACACGUCGCGGUUGUUUCUCAGCUUUUGGACGCAAACGCGCGCCUCGACUAUGGCGAUAUUCGAACAGGCUUGACCCCUCUUGAAAUGGCUAUUGCGACAAGGCAGCAUGAGGUUGUUUUCAGGCUCUUAGGAAAAGGCGCCAGAGUCUAUUCCUCAACACUACAAUUUGCGUCCCAGAGCCAUGCAACGGAUAAUCAAGAUGAAAGGAUGUGGCUCGACCGAAUGCUGUUGCUAUUCAGGGACUUUGGAGGCUCCCGUUUCGUCGAAUGUCCUUCAGAGUCUUGCAAUUCUCAGAAAGCCUGUCCAAACCAAUCGAGUGCAGAGACUCGGCGCUCUCCGUCCCAUAACAGGCGUAAAAGGACAGCUCGUGAUGACCCUGAUCAUCAUGAUGAAGAUGAAAAUAAUGAUGAUCAUUCAAAGCGUCGCAGGCACUCUGGGUAUCCCCCAGAUGACGAGUUGGAGGAUGAUGUCUUUUAUUGCUGCCCGUACCAUGUUCGCAAUCCGCGGAAAUUCCCAAAAUGCAGCAGAAGGAGGUGGAAGCGGGGCACUCUUCAUCAUAUAUUGGAACAUCUCAAGAAGCAUCAUUACAUCUCCAUGUGCCGGACAUGCAAAGAGAUAUUCCCCAGCGAUGAGCAACUGAAACGUCACCAGAAAGCCCAGUGUCCCUUCAAAGAAACUCGCAAUUACGAGGAUGGCUACGACCCGCAGCAAUACAAGCAACUUCACGAUCGGAACAGGGGCAGCGAGAAAACGCUAGGACCGCACGGCUUCUGGAGCCGUAUCUGCCAUAUCCUUUUCGAGGAUCAGCAUGAAGCUGACGAGCUUCCAAACAUGCCCAGAGCACUCGAAGCAUAUCGGCCGCAUCAAGACUUCGAGAGCUUCGAAAACUUCAUGCGCCGGGAUAUUCGAGACAGCUCCUGGCUGAGACGAACAAUAAGGGAAACAUUGAGCAGGACUGAUGGAACAUUGGACGGCAGGCUGGACAGAAUCCUGAGCUCUGUCUCGGAAGUUCCCGGGUCAUUCAGCGAAAGAUGGCGGCAACAGCGAGAGGACCAGUCGUCGGAGUCGAUAACUCCCUCGAGUGGUAUGAAUGUGCGACCUUCCAGAGAAAUGGUGGAAACAUCUGCUGAAACUGCAGCUCAUAUGGAACCUGCAAGUGAGCGCGAACGGAACCCAGACCCACUCGCCUCGCAGUCGAACUCAACCACACCAAGAUACGACUUUCGGCAGAUCCCUCUGGCCCCAAUGACUACAUCAAGUAAUCAUAGGCGGGAUCCCUUGACAGAUAUUGGCCCUCCUCCACCGCCAUCAUCUCCCAUCAGCUCAGUAUAUACUCAUGUUGCUCAACCUCAGCAACCAACCCUGUGGUCUGGGCAUUUCCAACCACCCCCGCCGCAGGCUGCGUAUCCUAUGCAGUGGUGGUACGCCCCACCGCCGUAUAACCCUUUGCAACCAUAUCCUGGUCCCAACAUGCCCUACUUAGGCCCUCCGACCGGCUACUAUCCGAUGACGAGCGGUUUCAGCCGUCAACCUCAACAUCUCAAUCCGCUCCCGAACCAAGUGUAUGCACCGAACCCAGCAGCCGAGCAAAACUAUUAUGGCAACACGCGUGGUCAGUACGACAUAUGGAAUACUAUCAGAGAUCAACAAGCCUCCACGCUGUCGAGUUAUGCUCACUCAAACAUGGCUUCCAAUCUAGGAGGAGCUCACACCUCGGCCACGUCUCAGUCUCAACCGGAAGCCUUCGAGUCAGAGGAUCCAGAGGGUCUUUUGGGGGAUCUAUUUCUUGACGGGUCCGCUGAGCUCGGCCAAUUCCCCUCAACUGAGUACUCGGAUCUGCUGUUUCCAUGUGGUCAUGGUGAAGAUGGCGACCAAGAAGGGGAGGAAACAAAUCCGCCAAAGCGUUGA